GACUUUCGUUGAGCAGAAAAGAGAUACUGCUGAGAGUGGCCAAGCCACUGCAAACUGUCUUCCAAUAUAUUUAUUUUGACAUUUCCUCCCCAGACUGACCAGAGGUCUACCUCAAGAGAUGCAUGCCGUUUCCUGACGUAAAUGAAAGGUGCCAGCUAAACUUCAUCGAAAACUGAGUUCAGUUGACGAACAUUAAUUUUCUCAGUGAGAAAAUUUGAAUUAGAAACAGCCGAAGGAAGAUUCAGCUUUUGAUUCCUGUUUUACAGCGAAGCAGGCGACCGCAAUGGCGUCGCCGGUGGAUGAAACGGGUAGCCCACUGGCCCGUGUGUGCAUUCGCGGCUGCAUUCCCGUGCAGCCAGAGAGCCUGGGACAUUACAUUCGCCUGAACGUCGGUGGCCAGCUGUUCCACACCACCCUGGACACGCUGACGAAACGCGACAGCAUGCUGCGAGCUAUGUUCACAGGCGAGGUCAAGGUCCUGGUGGAUGCAGAAGGAUGGGUGAUGGUUGACCGAAGUGGAAAGCAUUUUGGCACCAUCCUGAAUUAUCUGAGAGAUGGAUCCUGUCCAUUGCCUGGCUCAGAGGUAGAGUGUUUGGAGCUCUUCGCCGAGGCGCAGUUCUUCCUGAUUACGGAGUUGAUCGAGGCACUCUCUGAGCAGGUUCUACAGCUGAAGGAGUCCUCACUGCCCAUGUGCAAAGUGCCAAUCAUCACGUCAGUGGAGGAGCUGGACCGCGUCAUGUCCCAGACCACACAGCCUGUCAUCCGCUUCCUCUACAACCGCUCCAAUAACAAGUACUCGUACACCGGGUCAUCCGAGGAGAAUCUUCUGAAGAACAUGGAGCUGUUUGACAAGCUGGCCCUGUGCUUUCAAGGCCGUGUCAUCUUCAUCAAGGAUGUGGCCGGCCAGGACAUCUGUACCUGGCACUUCUACGGAGCGAAGACCAAGCAAGCCGAGGUGUGUUGCCAGAGCAUUGUGUACGCCAAGGAUCGUAAAAACAUCAAAAUUGAUUUCCCCGAGGUACGUGUGUAUGAGGAGGUGCUGCAUAUCAUGCUGUUCGAGAACGCCACAGCGCAGCAAGUCAUCUCGGCCAACAGCCACGGACAGGUUCGCAGUCGCCUGGAGCCCCGCAAGGCACUUACCAAGCUGAAGACGCACACCGAGGUACAGGAGGCGUCAUCGGUGGGCUUGGAGGCCUCGACGUUGCUUGGUGACAUCCGGGCAGCCGAACGAUCUGAUGCCGGUGCUGCGUCGUCCGGCAACGAAGGUCUUGACUGCAGUGACGAGGAUGAGGUUCCUUGUGUGCGGCCUGAGCCGUACAUUGUACGCAUGAAGCGAGGCCACGCGCAGCUCUCCUUCAACUCCAAGCUUCCCAACGUAUGUCGGAUUCCCAUAGUGACCGAGGCGGGCGAGUUUGAAACGAUUCGAAGACAGACGUGGCGGCCCAUCAUUCGCUUCGUCUACAAUCGCUCACGCAAUCACUUCUCGUACACAAGCUCAUCAGAUGAGUGCUUUCUGAAGAAUGUGGAAUUGUUCGAUCGCCUCUCCGUUUGUUUUCAAGAAAGAGUUCUCUUUGUCAAGGACGUCAUAGGCAAUGAUGUCUGUUCGUGGUACUACUAUGGCCAUCACAAGCUUCGCUCCGAGGUGUCCUGCCAAACCAUCGUGUACGGCACCGACAAGCGGCAGCUACGCAUUGACUUUCCCGAGGCACGCAUCCUGGAGGAGGUCAUCAACAUCAUGCUCUUCCAGGACCACACUGCCGAGUCUCAGCGUGCCAUCAACGCCAUGGAUCGCAUGGCCACGGUCAAGCGUAACUUUGCCGGCAAACGCAACAUGUGCUCCGAUGACAGCGAGUAAAGCGUUGCACGAUGACUGUUGCGGCACGACUGACACACGCGCGUUCUGCUGCUGGCAAGCGGAUCGACUGCAGGUACAGAGCAAGGCAUUUGUGUCCUUACCUACAGUACGUUCUGUUCUGCACAGAAGUCUACUGUACCCGAUGUGCUGACCCUGCACCUUGCAGUGUACCCGGGUUGUUUGACCCAUGUUUCGCGCACACCCCUGCCCUACCCUGGGACGUUGGCCCCCGAAGCUGGGACAUUUAGCACGUCAUCAUUCCCAACCAACCUCGCACAGGCAACAGCACACUGGACUUGCCCGUUAUAAACUCUACGGGAACUUGACUGGUGAUGUUCCAUGCAGUUUGAAUUUGGCGUGCCGCUCUUGCCGCUCGUCCUGCAUGGCACUCCUGAUUUCCAUCACCUCCUCAUUGCCAUUAUUCACCCGUGUGUCGUGGGGAGUGCAUCACCUACCAAUCUGUAGGCAGUGCCGAGUGACGCAUGCCAGUAGCUGUAACGUGCACAGACGAUCGGUGCUGCUCCGGCCGGCCGGGCUCGGCAACGUCACGCAGCCAUCACAUCGUCAUGACUGAGCGCCGCGGAUUAACACGCCGUGCGCGUGCAGUAACCCUGAGGCACACGGCGGGCUUCUGUCUGGGGAAUUCCCCUACGCUGACGUGUGUCUCCAGCUGCACACACCCUGGGCUGAUUCUCGUCGCUGUUGUUUCCCUCGUUCUCCUCCCCGUGCAUGAUCGUAUUGCAUGCCGGCUUCUACUUUCAUUUUACUGGCGUGCAGUCUGCAGCUACUGCUGUUAGCCUGGUUGCAUUGUAGUAAAUUGCCGUUGGGCUGUACUCAUAGUUAAAUUAUUCUCAUUUACAUUGUUUUACUCUAGGCUCGCGCCAUGUGUAGUGUAGACAUUCUGUGUUCGUAUUUCAUUAGCCCUUUCCAUUGCUCAGUUUUAUACACUAUCUCCCUAGGCCCUUUCUAUUUUUACAUCGACAUCUGCCUGUAUAUUCCAACCAUGUGAUAGUUCCCGUCUAAAAACUCCCAGAUCUCCAUGAUGCUAAGCUUUAUUAGGAUUUUUUUAAAUAUUGAAGUUUAUUUAGAGGGGACGACUCUUGCUACUAGUAUUUUCUGUGAUAUUCGAUAAAUGUAAAACCUUGAAUGUGAUCUUCCGGUAUUAAAAUUUAAAACUUGAAAAAGCGUGUCCAUGUGCCG